UUUAAUAUUUCAUAUGACGAGAUCCAGCUCUGAGAAGCGGCUCAGGAGCUGCUACAGCUUAGUGCUUGCAGGGGAAUUUUCACAGGGUUCAUUUUGCUCUGGACUUAUCUGUAUUCUGGAGGGUGACAUGGAAAUGCAGCUCAUUAAUUACCUGAACACACAGAACUCUGUUUCCUCCCAUUCCCUUUAAUCAGUCAAGUUUUGGACACUUCCAGGGGCCUCUUGGGUGCUGGGUUGUCAUUCCAGGUGUCUCCCCUGUGGUGGACCCUGGCUGCUGAUCCCAGGUGGCAUUUCAGGAGGGAAUUUCUUGUGUCUCCAGCCUGUCAAACAGUGGAGAGCAGAUUCCAUGCAGAAACUCCUGGUGCUGUGCAGGCUCGUGUUCUGGUAGGACCAGGAGUGAGGAGCUUGGUCUGGCUGAUGGAGGCACGAGAUGGGUCUCACCUAAAACCUGUCCCUUCUUUGUCCCUUUAGGUGAGUCCCAAAGCUCUCCUGGGACUGAGGUUCAGGAGAAGCAAAGCUGGUUUUCACCUGUGCAUCAGUGUCCUGCCUCCAGAAAUCCCUUUGCAUGCUCCAGACGGUUUGGGUGUCUUCACCAGGGAGCUGGACUUUAAAGGAGUCUGAACAUCACCACGGGGGCAGAAAAAGGAGAUGGAGAUGUAAAUGUCUCAGAACUGUAAUCCAGCAUCCAUGCCGGAGGCAUGUCCCCAAACGCCCAGGGAAAGCAAGAAUGCUGAGGAAAAUCCAGAUCUGCCUCUGUUUCUGCUUUGUCUCGGGCAUCUUGUACGAGAUCUCUCUGCUGUCCAGCUGCGUCUUCAACUACCUGCCCAUGUCCCAGCACUACUUGACACCUGAGCAGGUCCUGAGCCUUGGGAAGAGCAUCAUUUUCCUGGAAACCACAGAGCGUCUGGAGCCACCCCCGCUGGUGUCCUGCUCUGUGGAAUCUGCUGCCAGGGUUUACCAGGACAGGGCCGUCAUCCUCUUCAUGAAGGGACUCACCAACGAGACAGCCUUGGACCUGAACACCAGCUAUGCAGCCUUCUCACUUCUGUCUUCCAUAAAGAAUGUCUUCAUUUUCCCUCUCCAGAUGGAAACUGUCUUCCAGGAGACCCCUCUGCUCCAGUGGUACAACCAGGUGGUCCCGGAGCAGGAGAAGAACUGGGUGCACGUCAGCUCCGACGCCAGCAGACUGGCACUCAUCUGGAAGUAUGGAGGCAUCUACAUGGACACAGAUGUCAUCUCCAUCAGGCCCAUCCCCGAGCGCAGCUUCCUGGCGGCGCAGAAGUCGCGCUUCUCCAGCAACGGCAUCUUCGGCUUCCCUGCCCACCACAAGUUCAUCUGGGACUGCAUGGAGAACUUUGUUCUCAAGUACAACGGCAACAUCUGGGGCAACCAGGGCCCCUUUUUGAUGACCAGGAUGCUCAAGACCCUCUGCAAUCUCACGGAUUUCGAGGGCACCGAGGACCACAGCUGCCGGAACAUCUCCUUCCUCAACCCCCAGCGCUUCUACCCCAUCCCGUACCCAGCCUGGAGCAGGUACUACCAGGUGUGGGAUGAAAGCCCCAGCUUCAACCACUCCUACGCCCUGCACCUGUGGAACUUCAUGAACCACAACAGGAAGGCUGUGGUGGCCGGCAGCAACACCCUGGCCGAGAAGCUCUACAAGGCCUAUUGCCCCACCACCUACGAGGACCUGAUCCAGAAUGCCAAGCAGAGGGACUUCAUAGGCUCUGAGGAUGAUGUGUGACAGGGGGUAAGGAGGAGAGGGGUGAUCCUCCCAGCCCUCCCCAUGCUGGGGCCAAAACACAGUCACCACUGGUGUCCAUGCCCUGCUUUGCAGGUGAAAGAGAGAACUUUUCAUAACCACCCCCGCCCGUUCCCUUGGAAUACUGAGGAUGGUGGUGAGACGUUGCCUCCAGGGACACUAAGGACACCUUUGCCUCAUUUCUGUUUCCUGAGAGGUGCUCAUGAACCAAACCUUCCUUAAUCAAAGGGAUUUUGAGCCUUCUAGUGAGCUAAAAAGUUCCUAAAGAGAUGUGUGGCCUCCUAGGAGGAAUCUUCUCUCCAUGCUAUUGGCAGCUGCCACCUCAGAAAAGCUGGAAACACAACAGGCUUUGGACUGGGCUGAAGCCUCUGAGGCAAACAAGGGUGGGUGACAGAAAUUUCUGCUGAAGAGAAGCCCAAACCACCACUUUUUCCCUGUGUUUUUCUCACAUGAACUUUACCCCCUACGUUUUUGAGAGGGAAAUUACUAGUGCAAGUGAAAACAAACAGGUUAAUAAACCACCACUCCUCUGAGCUUGCUUUUCCCUGGAAAGUGAGUCACA